GACGAUUGAUCCGAUGAUCUGCAGGCCGAUCGCAGAGUCAAAAUGAGACCAACGGAAGGGCCGCCCAUCCGGGACGGCGUCAGCACCGAGCUGCACAUUACACGCCGUCUCUCUCUUGACUCAGUCAGACUCACGCCUGCGCACUUUCACCUCUCGUUCAGACGCGCUCGUACCACAGACAGCAACCAUGUCGACCCCCACCACGUCUGGCGGCGCUACCCCGCCCGUGCCCCAGGGCGCGGGCAACUCUACCGGUACGCCUGUUCUCGCGCCGACGCGAUCGUCGACGGGCAAGGAUGGCACGAGCAGCAAUCUCGGGACCUUUGGCGUCAAGUCCGGACUUGCCCAGAUGCUCAAGGGUGGUGUUAUCAUGGACGUUGUGAACGCUGAGCAGGCUCGCAUCGCGGAGGAAGCAGGCGCAUGUGCCGUAAUGGCCCUGGAACGUGUUCCCGCCGACAUUCGUGCUAACGGUGGUGUCGCCCGGAUGAGCGACCCCAAAAUGAUCAAGGAGAUCGUCGACGCUGUGACGAUCCCCGUCAUGGCGAAGGUGCGGAUAGGGCACUUCGUCGAAGCACAGAUUGUCCAAGCCAUCGGGAUCGACUACAUCGACGAGUCGGAGGUGCUCACGCCCGCGGACGAGGAGCACCACAUCAACAAGCACGCAUUCAAGGUGCCCUUCGUCUGCGGCGCGCGUAACCUCGGUGAAGCCCUGCGCCGCAUCUCUGAGGGCGCGGCGUUCAUCCGCACCAAGGGCGAGGCGGGCACUGGUAACGUCGUCGAGGCCGUGCGCCACCAGCGCUCUGUCCAGAGCGAGAUCAGGAAGGCGAGCGUGAUGAACGAGGAGGAACUGUAUGCGUAUGCGAAGGACAUCCAGGCGCCGUUCCACCUGCUGAAAGAGACUGCGAGGGUGAAGAGGCUGCCCGUGGUCAACUUCGCGGCGGGUGGUAUCGCGACCCCGGCUGACGCUGCGCUCAUGAUGCAACUCGGCUGCGACGGAGUCUUCGUUGGUUCCGGUAUCUUCCACUCCGGCGAUCCGGCGAAGCGUGCACGCGCCAUUGUCCAGGCCGUUACCCACUACAACAACCCCAAAAUCCUCGCCGAGAUUUCCGAAGACCUGGGCGAGGCGAUGGUUGGGCUGACCAUCAACGACAACCUUAAGGGCGGAAGACUCGCGUUGCGCGGCUGGUGAAGUGCACCCAUGGCAUUGUAUUGUUUUCCAAGACUUGACUUUACGAGAACCCUUGGGCAUGGGACCAGUGGUAUACAGAGUAACGAGCCAGUUCAUACAUGGAUCACUAGGGUAUAACUAUUGUAGCAAAAAGUUCAUGUUGUAUCGCAUAGAAUGGCUAAAUCCAUUCAGACGUACCAGUACCGCCAUACGAAUGGUAUAGUUGUGUGUUCACUUCGAAGAUGGUUGUGGGCGUCGGUGGUGCC